UUUCACAGACGGACCGGAUGUUGAUCAAACAUGGCAGCGACCUUGUGGAUCCGCGCGACUCUGGUCUGAAUCACAACCGAGAAGAAAUGAAGAUUUAUAACGUUACGUGCUUAUAUUUUGUAUAUAGAAUUAAAUUCUAGAAUCAGCCAUGUUCUCAGCACUGAAGCGCGCGUUUCUGGGCUUUGUCCGGACAUCAAGCCAGCCAGAUGUUCUUCAGAAUAACCUGAAGCUCCUGUCAGCAGGAUUGAGGACUUAUGAAAUCCCACCAGACUUCAGUGACGUGGUUCUGCCAGACAAGCCCAAACUGAAGUUCCUGGAAAAGGUCCCAAACUUGAAACAAGCGAAGAAGGAGAUGAAGAAGCUGCGUGACAUCCAGGGACCGGCCAAAAGCGGCAAUACCUUCAGCGACGGACAGUACGGGAUCGUGGCUCUGGGAGGAGGGUAUCUUCACUGGGGUCACAUGGAGAUGAUGAGGCUCACCAUCAACCGCCGCAUGGACCCCAGCCGCACGUUUGCCGUGUGGCGCAUCCAAGCCCCGUUUAAACCCAUCACGCGGAAGGGCUUGGGCCAGCGCAUGGGCGGCGGGAAGGGCGCCAUCGACCACUACGUGACUCCGGUCAAAUGCGGCCGGCUGGUGGUGGAGGUCGGAGGUCACGUGGAGCUGGGCGAGGUGGAGGCCGUGCUCAAAGAAGUGGCUAAGAAGCUUCCCUUUCCAGCCAAGGUGGUGAGCAGAGACAGUCUGGCAGCACUGUAUGAGGAACAGACCAAACAGGCCGCAAACAACCAGAACCCCUGGACCUUCCAGAGAAUCGCCCGCUCCAACAUGCUUGGCAUCCGCAAAGUCCUGAGUCCGUUCGACAUCCACAAUCACGGACGCUACGCUGGGAAGUUCUUCAACCCCAGACGGGUGUAGCGUGUCUGAGAAGCUUCAGCAUCAGCACAAAUGAAGAAAAACCGUCUCUUCCGUGGCCAGGAUGUGGUGCAGAACGCUUUAAUAGACGCCUGAUUAAUAUCUGCUGCUCCGAGGGGCCUGGCUUUCACUUAUCAGGCGUCUUCUGCAACACUCUGCAGAUUUGAUAAUGAUGAAGCGUGUCAUUCUGGAAAGGUUAUGAUGAUGUAAAAGGAUCACCUGUUCACUUAAUGGUUUCUUUUAUCAGAUGUGCCGUUAUGUGUGAGUGGAUGUUGUGUGUAAAUGUUGAAGACUAGUACGCAAGACAAAUAAACAUGAUUCUUUUGCAUUUUAUGUUGAAGUUUGUACAUGAAGCGUAGCGUAUUUCUGCCACAGAAUAAAAAAAAUGAUUUUGUAA